AUGGGGAAAGAACCCUCGGGCUUCACCAUCCCGGGCUUCAUAUGCCUGGCGCCUUCGAUCUACGUGCAAGAUGCGCGACUGACCGGGGACGGUUACUCCGCCGGCGGCGGCGGCGGCGGCGGCGAGGCGAUGUUCUCUGGCUCCUCCUUUUGUCUCCCCCUGGGCCCGGCCGCGCAACCGAGCAGCCGGAGGCCCGACACUGCUCCGCCCGACCUCAUCGUCAUCACCUCCUGGACGGGCGCGGCGGCCAAGCACGUCGCCAAGUACACGUCCGCCUACAACGCACUCUACCCGGGCGUGCCCAUCCUGCUCAUCACCACCGCCGUCUCGGACCUGGUGCUGCGCUCCACCAAACAGAAGCUCAAAGCGCUGGCCCCGGCCGUCGCCUACCUGCUCUCCGAGGAACCCGCCGCCGGCGCCCCCUACCCGGCUCGCACGGCCUCCUCCUCCUCCUCCUCCUCCUCCCCUUUCUCGUCGGCCUUCCCGUCCCAGCCGUACCAUUACGUGACCGGCCAUCCUUACCAACCACCACCAGCACCCCUCCAAGUCACCACCGUCAGCGCCAACACCACCAGCCCGACGAGACCCCGCUUCUCCUCCCUCCUCCUGCACGCCUUCUCCGAGGGGGGCGCGCACAAGGCCGUCCUGCUGGCGCGCGCGUACCUCUCGACAGCCACAGCCGCCGCCGCAGAACUGCCCGUGCACGCGCUGAUCCUGGACUCGACGCCGGGGACAUCAGCAUCGCUGACGCGGCUGGCCAACGGCGUCGCGCGCGCCCUGCCCCCGGGGACGCCCCGGCUCGUGGCGCGCGGGGUCGCCGCCGGUCUGGUGGGCGUGUCGGCGGCGGACGAGGUCGUCUGGUGGCGGGACGUCCACCGGCACGCCGUCGAGAGCGCAGCGGCGAGACCUGCUUCUUCUUCGUCUUCUUCUUUUUCCGUUGAUGCUGCUGCUGCUGCUGGGCUAGAGGAGGAGGAGAAGGGGGGUGGUGGUGGUCCUGGGGUGGGAAGCCUGGUGGUCCGGUUCAAGCGGACCGGGCACUGCGCGCAUGCAAAGGGCGCGGUGAACGGGGCGGUCUACUGGACCGCCGUGCGCAGGACGUGGGAGAUGCGGGUGGACGGGGGGAUGGGGUUGAGGAUGGGGUUGGGGAGGAGGCUGAGCCUGGAUUCUCUGUGUCUGCAGGAGGAGGAGGAUGAUGAGGGGUUGCAAUUGUGA